CUCUGGAUUAGUAUAUAAAUUGAUAUAAGUGGGUACUAAUCAAGAAAUGGAAAAUUUGUUAUAGUUUUCAGCUGUGGCUGUCGGUUUUCUUGUGUUGAAUUUUCUAGUAGUAAUUGUUUUGGAUCUUUAUUUCUUUCUUCCUUUCUCCGAUCGGAAUUUCUCUUAUGUUGGGCUAAUUCUUCUGUUUCUUCUGGUGGACGGUUAUCUGAAGGUCAAGCAGAGGGGAUAACUCAAAAUACUUGGAAGGUAGAAGCCAUCAGCUAAGAACUAUACAUGGACAAAGGGGCUACUCUUGAAGCUGGAGAGGGCAGAAAUACUGUUGAACUCGUGAAAUCAGCAUCUGAAAAACAUCUUGACCUUUUGAGGCCCUCAGCUCGAUAUUAUUCAGUGUCGAAAGGGCAAGCAGGUGAUGCAGAAGACCGUGAGAAGGGAAAGUAUACCUUGAUUAGAGAUGUAGAGGACAUUCAAACAGGGUUCUAUGAUAAACCUCUUCCUUGCUUUGGUUGCGGAGUCGGAUGGUUUUCAUUUCUACUGGGAUUUCUAUGCCCGUUGAUGUGGUAUUAUGCCACGAUACUUUAUUUUGGAAACUACUACCGUAAGGAUCCUCGAGAACGUGCCGGGCUUGCUGCAUCUGCUAUUGCUGCAAUGGUGUGCUCUGUUGUCUUGCUUAUUAUAGCAGCAACUCUCUUCUUGUAGCUUCUGCGAUGCAAAAUUUCAUACUAGCCAUAGCUAUUAUGAUCAAUGUUGUUACUUGUUCUGUAGUCAAGUCAAAAGCCAUUUUCGGGUUCAAACUCUCCAAUUGUAAAUGUUCUUACGAAGAAAAAAGAAAAAUCUUAUACAGAACUAUACACAUGAAAAAAUCUACCUCCUUAAGUGUUUUAUCCAGAUUUAUUAUUGAAAUUGCUCGUUUGUAUGGAUGAUUUUCCAUGUUAAAAGUGCUGUAAUAAUACUAUAAGAUUUAUGUGUACGACAAGUUAAACAGACUCUCCUUUUAGAACAGAAAGAGAGAACCCUUGCUUCA